CGUCGAUAUGACGCGGAUGCCCAUGCAAUCCCCAACGUCAUCUCUCAACCUUUGCAUCUCUUUUUGCUCAGCAAAACACGACUGCUUGUCCACCAGGACGCACCACCUCGGCCAUCAGAUCACACUGCGCUGAACAAGGCAACGCGUCCGCAGGAUGGAAAGUCCUAUCUCUCGGGAGAUUGAACGGAUUAGACGCUUUAUCUGUCGUAAAGAAAAGGCGUGGCGCAAGCAUGCAUCGAUCGCUCAAACGCACGAAAGCCCAGACGAAAUGCCACCCCUGGUCCCGUUCACUACCUACGAUGACCUCAUCGCCGCCCUUCAGGCCCGUUACGAAGAGAUGUGUGCGCGUGUGGAAGCCCAGCUAGCAGACGGCGCCCCAACGCGAUUGGUUCGACGUCUCCCACAGCGCUCCAUUCCGGAUAUGAUUGGCAGGGCCGUCCAAGAGCCUCGAGGCUGCGAGACAAUCUAUGGCCAGAUCGCCCACGCCACCGAACUGAUCGCCAGAGAAGUCGGAUGUGUGGAAUUGAUGGUGAUCAAAAUGGAGCAAGGCAUUGAUCUGGCAUUCAAGACUUUGCAUGAAGAGCUGACGAGUCUCACGUCCCUCCACGCCUGGGCAUGGAACCAUGCAAGACGAGGAUACGAGUGGGCUGAAAAGCUUGCCGCCGCCGAAGAGGACAUUUUCACUCGUUCCCAAGGUGGAAACCAUGUUGAGCUUGGCGACAUUGCUGCUCUGGAAUGGUUACGAGAUGCUGCCGUCGACGCGGGGGCCCAUAACAAGCGCCUCGACUUCGACGUGGAGACUGCGCUCCUCAACAUGCGAGACCUAGCUCCAUGCAUGGAAUGGAUGAUGCGUGAAGUAGGGAAGAGGGUCGGAAAUCACACGGCUACGCUCGAAAUGCUGUAUGGCUUUAACUUGAGACGCCAGAGUCUCAUUACGGAGUACUUCAAAGCCAGUGAGGAGGACUCGGACACGAGUGGCGAUUCUUCAGAUGAUGGCACGGACGUGGACGAGGAAUCGAGGGAAUCAUCGGACUCGGACGGAGGAAUGAGUAACGAGGAAGAGUGAAAUGGUUGAAGGGAAUCACCCGUCGGGCUGCACAUCCCAACCUGGCUGAUGAUGAUGUCCACGUCACAGAGCACACACAAAAUAUCAAACU